AUUGUAGUGAGUAGAGAGUUAAGAGAGAAAUUCUCUUAAGUGUAAUUGAGAAAUCUCCCCUUCCUUUGUUAAUAUUAAAAGGGCAAUUGUUCUCUGGUGGACGUAGGAUUAUUUUGAUCCGAACUACGUUAAAUCUUGUGUUCUUUCUUUUACGUUUCCGCUAACACUAAUAUUUACAUAUAUGCCUAAAUAGUUUUGAUGAUUUUAGUUACCAUGUUCUUUGAUUGCAUAGUUCCAGGUUAAUAAGUAUCCUUUGAGUUUAAGCCAGUUAUUUUUGGAGACCAGCUGUGGUGAUCAAAGUUAUGUGUGCUGUUUAAGGUUUGCGUCCAUAAAUGGGAUAAUAAAUUGGAUAAUUAGCUAAAGUUUGAGGAGUCACAGUUUUCAUAGUUUAUCUGCUACAAGUCAGAUGUUGGUAUAAUACUUCUAGACUCUAGCAUAGAGGCUGACUCACUUUAAUGCAAUCAAGUAGUUAUAAAGAUAAAAGGAAGAAUGCACUAGGAAUGAUGUGAUGCUGUUAUCUAUUGAUUGAUCAUUAUCACCAUUCACCACAGAUCGCUUUGAGACGUGAAAUGAUGGGUGAGGAUGCUCCUUUUUGGAGGUUCUCUGCAGCUUCUUAUCCAGAUCUCGAGGAAAAAAUUCCCAGUGUUGGUAUCCUGAGCAACAAAAGUCGAUCAAUUGCCAAUGAAGCAAGCAAUGAUUCAAGGGGUGAUGUUUAUCCCGUGGAAUCCAGUGAUGAUAUCUCGGUUCAAGUACUUGAUGCCCACUGGGGAUAUCUGUAUGAUGGAGAUUUGAGUGGGCUUCGGUCGCACACAAUAGUCAUGCUUGUCAACAAUGCUCCCGGGGUCCUCAAUCUGAUAACCGGUGUUAUAUCUCGACGAGGAUAUAACGUUCAGAGUCUUGCUGUUGGCCCUGCAGAAUCAGAGGGGCUUUCACGCAUUACAACGGUGAUCCCUGGAACUGAUGAAACUAUAGGAAAAUUGGUCAAGCAAUUCUACAAGUUGGUAGAUAUUCAUGAGGUUCAAGAUAUAACUCAUUUACCAUUUGCGGAGCGGGAGCUAAUGCUCAUUAAAGUAGCCGCCAAUGCAACAGCAAGGAGGGAUGUACUUGAUAUUGCCAGUAUUUUCCGCGCUAAACCUGUUGAUGUGUCUGAUCAUACAGUAGCAUUGGAGUUGACUGGAGACUUUAACAAGUUGCUGGCAUUGCAAAGAUUACUGGAGCCUUAUGGCAUUUGUGAGGUGGCUCGUACAGGGCGGAUAGCAUUGGUGCGAGAAUCAGGCGUGGACUCGACAUCCCUCCGGGGUUAUCCUCUUCCUUUAUAGUGCUAGUUAAAUGUCUAAGUGCAUUUUAAUAUGGCCGAGUUCUUUUUCUUGCUGAUUUCUACUAGUCUGAGAAAAGAGAGUUUUGUUGUAUGCUAUUUAUAGUGCGAGCAGGUCCCUGAUAAAAGUAAGUUUGUCACUAUCACGUUAGUGACAGUUCUGUUGUAUUAUUUAGGCAUUCAAUCAUAGAAUUUUAAUUGAAAAAAGUUGACAGAACUCCAAAAUGUGGAGUAGAGCCUAGUAAGUUGAGUAAUGUUGUAUAUUAACGCAGUUGGGAGAAGUGCAUGUGAAAUAUCUAUAUGCUAGUUACUAGUGAA